AGGAAACCUCGGAGGUUGCCAGACAACACGAUUGGUAAAUUAUGCCAACUUUUUAAUGAGCAGCUUAAACAUUUUAAAAUUGUUUUAGUUGUUACCAAUAUAUUUUAAUGACGUUUAAUGUUUAAAAAGAAUACUCUGAACUCAAACUUUUCAUUAUAAUAUACAUAAAUCAAAGAUUUUUUUUAUGAUUAUUAUACUUAGUUUUUAUCAGUAAUCAACAUGAAUAAAUGAAACAAGCCCUUAAAAAACCCCACGUUUUUCGUAUAAAUCCUUUAAAAAAAAAUUAUUUCGAGCGAUGAGGGGCUGGGCUGAAAAUUUGACAAAACAUGCACUCAAGUAACGCACUUCAUAAGAAUACCAAUUAUUGUUUCCCCCCCAAAAAAAUAUUUAAAAAAAAAAAUUGGCUAGCAAUCGCACAUUUUGUCACGCCCCCGAACCAUAUAAAUAUUUGAAUGACUCACUUGCUUUUACACCUCGUAUUUAUUUCACUAACUAUUUCAGAAAAACAAAAGAAAAUUUUACCCACCAAUCGCACUUGCGAUAUUAAAAAAAAAAGAAAAGAAAGAAUCUAAUUCUGCAAAAUUAUCGGUAAAUUUAUUUCGUGAAAUCAGUGGCAUCAUAUUUCCUUCUUUGUCCCCUUGAAAUACAGGAUUGGGGGUGGGGCAGAAAAUUUGAAAGAAAGUGUUGUUAUCGGCAACGACUCUAUGUGCCUGGUUUCCGCACGAUAGGUGGACGGGAAGUGGAUCAAUUAGCCGUCCGAAGAAGUGUACCACCCACCCAGCCAGAAAGAAACACACGAACAAAACCGAAAUUAAUACAAACCAUUUUUAAUGGAACUAUUGCAUUUUAAAAUUUUCACUUUUUUUGUAAGCGUUUCUCAACAUAUGGGUCGCGACCCUUACUCACGGGUCACCUAAGACCCUCGGAAAACACAUAUUUAUGAAGUAGCAAUGUAAAUAAUUUUAUGGUUGGGGAUCACCACAACAUCAGGAACUGUAUUAAGCGGCAUUAGGAAGGUUGAGAACCACUGCCUUAAAUGGUUACUUUGCUAUUGCAAUUUGUUUCUUGAGAUUGCAGACUACUACAGUUUGGCUCUUAUGCUGCUUUAUUCAAGGAUAUUAUUAUGCUGACACACUUUUUUCUCUGUUUUAUAUUCAGGCCCCCUCCUUAAAAAAAACAAAAAAAACAAGAAUGUGCAAGCUGCCCAUCAUCUUUGUUGUCUACGUCAUGACCGGAACCAGUUGCGGAGUUUUCUACUUUAAAAAUAAUGAGCCAGGUUACCCCAGAGUGGGAAAACGUGCCUACUACACAGAUGACAAGCCUUUCCCACGUAUCGGUCGUCACUACGAGUCACCACAAAUCCUCUUUCCAACUGUGCAAUUUUCCGAUCUUUCAGCCCUUGACAAAAAAGGAGUCUUCACCCAGGGCGCGUCCGGAUACCCGAGACUCGGGCGCCGGGACGACGACGCCUUUGAUGGUAAACGGGGCGUGUUCACCCAGGGCGCCGUGGGCUAUCCUAGAAUAGGCAGACAGCUGGAGGAAGCGUUUAGUGGCAAGAGGGGCGUCUUCACCCAGGGCGCCGUGGGCUACCCUCGAAUCGGCAGGGGCGACGAGGAGGACUCUCUGAACGAGACAGGAGAGAAGUCCAUGGAGGAGAUUUUAAGUAGGAAAGACGAUGAGGAAUUCUCCAAAUCUUUCAGGGGUCAAGGAAGAGCCAAAAUAACUUCUCCUAUUGACAUCUUCUUCAACGAACUGGACGCUGACAGUAAGUAUAUUAUCAAACACGUAUAUUAACUGAGUUCUUGUCAAUACCUACCCAACAAUUUAUUUUCCUAAUUCUAGAAUACUGUUUUUAUUUUUUUUUACAGGUUUAAAUAAACAUGUGUCUUCUUUCUUUAAUUCAUUAAAAGCAAAAAUAAAUGAUGCUUUUCAAGUUCAGCCGUUCUAAUCUUUAAUAUAUGAAAGUCUCUUUUAAAAAAAAAAUAUUACCAUAGACUGGGCUGGUACUCCAACAUAUAUUACCAUAGACUGGGCUGGUACUCCAACAUAUAUUACCAUAGACUGGGCUGGUACUCCAACAUAUAUCACCAUAGACUGGGCUGGUACUCCAACAUAUAUUACCAUAGACUGGGCUGGUACUCCAACAUAUAUUACCAUAGACUGGGCUGGUACUCCAACAUAUAUUACCAUAGACUGGGCCGGUACUCCAACAUAUAUUACCAUAGACUGGGCUGGUACUCCAACAUAUAUUACCAUAGACUGGGCUGGUACUCCAACAUAUAUUAACAUAGACUGGGCCGGUACUCCAACAUAUAUUACCAUAGACUGGGCUGGUACUCCAACAUAUAUUAACAUAGACUGGGCUGGUACUCCAACAUAUAUUACCAUAGACUGGGCUGGUACUCCAACAUACAUUACCAUAGUCUUGGCCAGUACUCCAACAUUCAUUACCAUGGACUGGGCCGGUACUUCUCUGUUUUUUUUACGCCACUUAAAACUACUAACAUCAGAGCAUUUUGUAUGGUGCCUGUGGCCCUUACGGCUGUAUAGGGCCUCCAAUAUUAAAGGGGCCCAAAGCUGUGAUGUGGAAUACAUUUUUAUCCACUUUGAAUGCAGGGGGCAAAAAAACGAAAAGAUCCAGGGGGGGGGGGCUCUCUCUCCCAAAGUCACGUGACGGCGCUUGUGUCAUGCAAUCGAUAUCUCCUUAUGUCAAUCAGCUCUAUGUUUAUGUCAGUCUGCUAUAUGUUUAUGUCAGUCAGCGCUAUGUUUUUUCUCAGUCUGCUCUAUGUUUAUGUCAGUCAGCUCUAUGUUUAUGUCAGUCAGCUCUAUGUUUAUGUCAAUCAGCUCUAUGUUUAUCUAAAUCAGCUCUAUGUUUAUGUCAGUCUGCUCUAUGUUUAUCUAAAUCAGCUCUAUGUUUAUGUCAGUCUGCUCUAUGUUUAUCUAAAUCAGCUCUAUGUUUAUGUCAGUCAGCUCUAUGUUUAUGUCAGUCAGCUCUAUGUUUAUGCCAAUCAGCUCUAUGUUUAUCUAAAUCAGCUCUAUGUUUAUGUCAGUCAGCUCUAUGUCUAUGUCAGUCUGCUCUAUGUUUAUCUAAAUCAGCUCUAUGUUUAUGUCAGUCAGCUCUAUGUCUAUGUCAGUCUGCUCUAUGUUUAUCUAAAUCAGCUCUAUGUUUAUGUCAGUCAGCUCUAUGUUUAUGUCAGUCAGCUCUAUGUUUAUGUCAAUCAGCUCUAUGUUUAUCUAAAUCAGCUCUAUGUUUAUGUCAGUCUGCUCUAUGUUUAUCUAAAUCAGCUCUAUGUUUAUGUCAGUCAGCUCUAUGUCUAUGUCAGUCUGCUCUAUGUUUAUCUAAAUCAGCUCUAUGUUUAUGUCAGUCAGCUCUAUGUUUAUGUCAGUCAGCUCUAUGUUUAUGCCAAUCAGCUCUAUGUUUAUCUAAAUCAGCUCUAUGUUUAUGUCAGUCAGCUCUAUGUCUAUGUCAGUCUGCUCUAUGUUUAUCUAAAUCAGCUCUAUGUUUAUGUCAGUCAGCUCUAUGUUUAUGUCAGUCAGCUCUAUGUUUAUGCCAAUCAGCUCUAUGUUUAUCUAAAUCAGCUCUAUGUUUAUGUCAGUCAGCUCUAUGUCUAUGUCAGUCUGCUCUAUGUUUAUCUAAAUCAGCUCUAUGUUUAUGUCAGUCAGCUCUAUGUCUAUGUCAGUCUGCUCUAUGUUUAUCUAAAUCAGCUCUAUGUUUAUGUCAGUCAGCUCUAUGUCUAUGUCAGUCUGCUCUAUGUUUAUCUAAAUCAGCUCUAUGUUUAUGUCAGUCAGCUCUAUGUCUAUGUCAGUCUGCUCUAUGUUUAUCUAAAUCAGCUCUAUGUUUAUGUCAAUCAGCUCUAUGUUUAGUCAUUUCGCUUAACAUCACAUCAUUUUACUUUUUUUGGUUGUAAUGUAAAGACUUUUUUUUAAAUUCAACAUCUAUCUUUAUCACUCUUUUCUAUCGACAGAUGACGGCAAAAUAACCAAAGAAGAAAUUGAAGCUGGGAUGGAAAUCGACAAGUCUCAGAUAUGAAGAAAAUUCUUGUUGCAGUCACUGCUAGGACUAAAAUAUAAUUAAACAUGAGAUUAUAUAACAAUAUAAAAUGUUUAGUGUUUAAUUCUAGAUGCAUUCAAUUGUGAAACGGUUUAGCUGAAAAUUCAUUUAAUUCAGAAACGGGUUAGAUGUAAUGUAUUAAAUUCACAAACGGGUUAUAUGUAAAUGUUUGGAUUCUGAGAUGCAUAAGAGAUGUAAAUGUAUGACAUAUUUAUAAAGAUUUUGAAAACGACGUUUAAUUUCUGAAAUAGCGUACUUUCAUCUCAUUCCGGGACAGUCUAGUUAUGAAUAAAUACAUUCUGAAACAGUCUCAUUUUAAGAUAAUUUUAAGUUUAAUUCACGAAAAAAAAGGGUUUUCCCACGGCAGCCAUGUUGAACUUAAAGCAGAGAACAGCACACAAAGUCACUUGACUGUAUUACGUUACUUUCAGUCACUUGACUGUGGUGAGUUACUUUCACUGUCAACAACCUUUGAGCUUUGAGUCCUAUAUAUAUACAUAUAUAUAUAUAAUAUUUAAGUUCCUAUAUUAUUUUGAUGAUUUUGAAAAAUAACGUUUCUCAUGGUAACGUCUUUUGAAAAUACUUAUCUAUGCCCACCACUAGAGUCGAAGGGCAUCGUCAAAGAAGGGGUGGAGUAUCCGAGAACGGUGCAGCUGACCUCAUUUCAGAAGUAAGUUUGGGAUCUUACGAAGACAGACGGAUCAAGUUAUUUACCAUUUUAUGUUUUUGAGAUGUUAUGGAUUGAGAUUAUUGACUCUCGUGUUCAGAUAAGGUGGGGGGGGGGGGGGUAGGGG